AUGAACGAGUAUCAUCCGAAGAAACGAAAUAAGCCAACUUUGGUUUGUACAAGAUGUAAGAAAAGAAAAAUCAAAUGUAAUAAAGAAUUACCUUGUUCAUCUUGUGUCAAUUCAAAUGUUGGUAAUGAAUGCAGUUACGAUAACAAAUGGCAACCAAUAUCAUUUGCAGAUGAUGACAACAUGAGAAUCAAAAGGCAGAAAUCAAAAAAAAAGGAGAUGAAGAAUACACCGGAUAAUCUCAAGAGGUAUACGGAAUCUGCGACCUCUUCCAAUGGGCUAGGUAAAUCUAGGCCACAGUCAUCUAUGGCAGACUUUUAUGCCCAAGAUUACGUGGUGCCUGCUUUCAAUCCACAUUUUUCUAAUCCUAUUGGGCCCGAGGAUGACAUGGUAAACUUCCAUGAAGGUUAUAUGCCUAUCCACGUCAAGGACGAGUCAAGAAGGUUGUGCUUUAAUCCACUUUGUUGGGCAAGUUUAUUGAAAAAAGAUCCCUGUUUAUAUAAGGUUUGCCAAUAUGUUGAAGCACGUCCGGCUCCUCUCUGGUUUUUGAUGAAAAGUGCCAAUUUAAGUCAAGAAAAUAUAAAUGCGUUAACAUCGAGAGAUGGGAAACAUGGAAAACCAGACGGUGAAUUUAUUAGCAAAUUAUUAAAAGUCGAAGGAUACGAAGAAUUAGUUCCAUACAAGAAAUUGUUAACGAUUCGAGCAGAUACUACUGAAUCAGCGAAUAAAAUAGACCUCAGUACUUCAACUUUGACCAGCACAUUGUUUGAAGGGAAAUUUGAUCCUGAAUUAAAGUUGAUUGAAAACAUCAAAACAAUAAUGCCCAAAAAGAAAGUAGUAUGGAAAUUGAUUGAUAAGUUUUUCGAAACACUCUAUCCAUUUAUGCCAUUCGUUGAUAAAGAUUACUUUACAGCUGAUAUGGUGAGGAUUCUAGGAACUAAAAGUUAUGAAGAUGAACCUUUUGAAUACAUGAAGAUUAUAAAACGAUUAGAUUUAGCACAUGUUGCGAUCUGUUUGAUUAUAUUGAGAUUUACCUAUUUGACAUUAUUUUCCAAUAGAAAGUGUAUGAAUGAAAAAAUUAUCCAUUCCAAUGAUCCAUCACCUGCCAUAAACGAUUUAAAAUAUUUAUUAAUGAAUCCAGUUAAUGUCAUAGUCAUAGAAAUGGCACAGCUCUGUUUGGAUCGGUUUGAAAUAUCGCGGAAGACUAAUUUAACGGUAUUUCAGGCUACAUUAUAUAUGAGAAUAUAUCACAGUACAGCACCAGAAGAUGGUGACGGAACAGACGGUGGUGAUUCUCAGGUAUCUACGGCUGUUCUUAUUCAAAUGGCAUAUGCAUUAGGGUUGAAUAGGGAGCCUGAUAAGUUUGAGGAUGUAUGUAAUGAUGAACGAAUAAAUAAUUUAGGGAGAAGGAUGUGGCAUUUUCUAGUCCGGAGUGAUAUUAUACAUUGUUUUCAUGCUGGUAAUCCAAUGUCAAUUGACCCUAGGCAUUAUGAUGUUAGCUUUCCAUACACCACAGAAAAUAAUAUGACUUCAGAUAAUGCACAAUUGGAGAAAGCCAUAUCUCAGACAUUUGGGUGGUUUAAUUAUAGAUUAAAUGCAAUCAGAGAAAUCGUUGAUAAAUUUCUGGAUAUUCAUGGAUCUUAUGCCAUGAAUGAGUUGACACAGAAAUUAAAUGACGUGGAGAGAGUUUGUCGAGAAGACUUUUCCACCCUAGAGCAAGUGUCAAGUAAUAGCUCUAUUUCCGAACGAUUUAUUGACGUGGUUAAUGCGAGAGUAUUUAUUGCGCUUAAAGGUUCGAUGUUGAUAUUGUAUCAUCAUAUAUAUCUCCAUUAUGAAAGUAAAUCGAGAUUUGAUAUUAUGUUUUUUUAUUUCAAGAAAGCAUAUGUGAUUUUCCAAAACGAUUUGUUACCAUAUAUUUUUGCCGUACUCCACGGAAAGUUAAGCAAUGAUGGGCUUAUACUCAAUCCACAUACUCAGAUGGCAAUUCAUAAAUUUAAUCAAUUUAAUCUUGCAUUUUCUGUAAGAAUUGGGUACAAGUAUCACGAUAUGCUUAGCAAUUAUGAUCAUUCACGCCUCAUGAAAGAAGACGUGGAAUAUCAAAAGAAGUUCGUCAAAAUUUCGAAUUUGUUGAAGAACAACAAAACAAUUGGAAACCUUAUGCUAGGUUUAAUGUCCAAGAUUUCAGAUCGAUAUUUUUAUGCAUGGAGGGUAGUACAGGCUCAGAAAUACAUUUUAUCAAUUAUCAAUAAUCCUGAAUUUUACAGUAAUAUUUCAGCAAAUUCACGAGGCAUAAAUCGGUUAAAACUUAAUAAUUUACAAGUAGAUGAUAUGGAAACGUUAACGCGUUCUUUGGGCAAAGACCUAGAGACGAUAGUUAACUAUCAAGAUUCUGUAGAUAUCGAUAUCGAUACUGCAAACUACAAUUCAUCGAGCAAGUCUAGACGUGGCACGGAUGUCGGAAAUAUUUUUCCUGCUAAUAAUAAUGAUAAUGAAAAUAAAACGAAAACGAAUCUGGACACUGAUAUUGGUUCCAUUUUAGACUUCCCUCAGUCGAUGAUGUCUAAUGAGUCCCCGCUUCAGGAUUUUAUCUACCCUAAUAACGAAGAGAUUGACCAAAUGUGGCUCCUGGUGAUGGCACUGAAGUACGAUCCAAUGGAGCUUUUAUCCGGAGGUUUUGAUCCAAUUGGGUAUUUUAAUCAACAACUCCAGAGUACUCUUAGCGAUCGUCUUGAAACCGACCCAAGUAAUCCAGUAUUUGAAUGA